AUGAACACACUUAUUGCCAAAGUUUCACGUGGGGGCAUUCUCGAGCGACGACCCUCGACGGAAAGAUUCACUGGUUCUGGGCUGAAACGCCGCUUCAGCAAGCUGGUUGCGAAGUCAAUAUCUAGUAGCAAGACAACCAACCGAACAAGUUCAAUAGAGUCCACCGUCGAAGACCUGGAAAACUGUUAUACUGUGGUUGAGGGCGAUUCUUCGGCAUUUCUAUACACACCUACCACGUCAACAAGGAAUGAUGUUGAGAACGACAGUUUAUAUUCGCUUUCGAAAGCGAAUUGCACCGUGGACAAUUUUGCCUCUUCUAUCUACAUCAGGAUGAGCGAUAUUUGUAGCAAUGAUGGUACUGAUGAGGUUGAUUUUGAUAUUAAGAAUUUGAGAUGUAUCGAAAUAUCAUAUGUUGCGUUUCCAUUGUCGAAGCUACGAGACAUCCUUGAUUUUGUUUAUGUAAAUCAAGAUGACGAAGGCAGCCUUACAUCAUAUCCUGAAUUUCUUCGUAAUCACAUUUUCCUGGAUGUCGAAAACAUGCCCAUAUGGACCGAAAUGGCAAACGAACUUCUCCACAGAUCUGUCUCCGGGCAUAUCGAAGAAAUUUUCUCUCACGAUUACAGGUAG